GAGUCAAGGCAGGUGAGCCAAUACUUUUGGUAAUAUAGUGUAUCUUUCAACAUAUGGUCAAGUGGUCUUUUUUUUUUCUUUGUAAAGUACUAGGGCAACAUCUUCAACCCCAGGUCUUGUCCAUAAACAUCACUGGACAACACAUAAAACUGCUUCAUUAUGUAGUUUAAACGUAAAAAGUUUGUUUGUGUCACAUUAUCAUUCCCCUCGUGACACCAACACACACUCGAUGACGACCAAAUGUUUGUUUGAAAAAUGUGAUCGCAGACUUCUGGUAUAAUUUAAAAGCUCUUGCCACGCAUGCACGGGACAACAAAUGACGUAACUACAAAUAAAUAAGCAUUAAAAUAACAACAGAAAUAAAUAGAGAACAUAUGAGAAGUUUCUUAAUAAUACUUUAGAUCUUCAAUCAAAUCCACAUCUUGAUAAAAUGAAUAAUAAGAAAUAUUUGUAUUUUUUAUCAUAUUAUUUCCACUAAUUAGUCAAGACUUGACAACACUGGGCAUUGAGUUUAGAAACAUUAGAAACAGAAAGACAAAAAAGUCACCCAGCACUGACAAAUACCACAGCUGAUUGUUAAGCAUAUGAUAAAAAAAGAUCAUCAAAACAUUUCCAUUACUUGUUAUUUUAAAAGAAAUCCAUGUUACAGUAUCUAUGCUUGGGCUUACCUCUUAAGUUAUUUAAGAAAAAACAAAAAAACAAAAAAAAACAGCCACUGCUUACUUAAUAGAUUUCCAGAACAAGAGCAAAUAUUUGUUUAUGUUUAUCUAAUUACUGCAAACAGAUGUAAAUGACUUUAUAGGGACAGGGAAAAGUAAAAUAGCUUUAAGGCAAAAAAAACAAAUUAACAAAAGUGACAAUGGUAUCUUUCAACAUAUGGUCAAGUGAUCUUUUUGUUUCUUUGUAAAGUACUAGGGCAACAUCUUCAACCCCAGGUCUUGACCUGCUUCUUCACCUUGUCUAAAGACUAAAAUCUUACAGAAGAUUAAAAAUAUUCCCAAUAUUACCCAAACAGCUUGUGUUUUAAACGGCUCGGCUUGCAUGUGUUUAUCAGGUCUAUGUUGUGUUUCCUGUGCUUACAAUAUCUUCAUAUGACAAAGCAAAGACGAUCAGCUACUGUGUGUCUAAAUGCCUCUUACCUUGGACCACAGACAACUAAAUUGGCUCAUGUAGCCCUGGUCUAAUGUGUAUUAUUCUAUUAUAUAUGUCCUGGUCUUCAGUGGACCUUUAUCUUUCUCUCUGUGUUCCUCAUCAGCCUCUCUGAGCUAGGAAAAGAACCCGACUCUACUUUGCUGCAGGCUGCACUAAGCAAAUAAAUAGAUUAAAUGUAAAUGUAUCCAUGCAUACAUACAUAACUGAAGAAGAUUUGUUCUUGUUACAUUUACAUUAUAUAGCAGUGGGAAAAAUAUAAAGAUCAGCAAUACUGAUUUUCACAUUAAGUUCAGCAAAUGUUUAGUUUGUUUGUUUUAUUUGCUGGUCAACAGAAUCAACUCCAUUAAUUAAUUCUAUCUGCAACAUACAGUGAAGUGGGGAAAUGCAUUUGGUUGCUUUUACAAUUGACAGAUAAAAUACUGUAAUCAUAUGUAUUUAAAAUUGUAUUUUAAUACUCUGCUAUUUAAUAAAAAAGCUAAAUUAAGCCGUCUUGUUUUACUCCCUUUGUCAGUUCCCUAAUUUAGGAUAUCUGUGUUUAGGAGAGUCAAGUAAAUUCAUAGAAAAUGUCUUUCACAACCCUGAGACUGUAAGUUGGGCAGAUGAUCUAAAGGUCUCGCAAAAAAGUCCAUUAGUGGAUCCAGUGUGAAGAACUAAUUCUAACAGUGCCUCGGGGGAGUAAACAGAACAAACACUAUCAGGUAGGAACUCAGGCUAAAAAGCAGGAUAAUUAUCUUUUUGUGGAGCUCUGGGUUGCCCAAAGCAAAGAUAAAGAUAACAGUGCACACACAGUACAAAUAUAAAAGGCGGCCGAGUGGCUAGUUGUUGUGACAUAACCACUGACUACCAGUCUCGGCAGACCUACAAGGUAAAUUGAAAAUGGAAGGUAAAUGCAAAGAGAAUGAAAUAGCUGCUAUUGCAGACAUCUAUCAAAGCUUUGAUCCUGCAGCAUACUUACAAAAUAACUACACUUCACCACGGGCCGACUUUGGAAGGAAGGACAGUAUAGUGCCUUGGAAACUGGCUUGUUUUCACAGAGCCUUCACUGACGGUGAUAUUAGUGGUGAACUACUUGUGGACAUAGGUUCAGGUCCCACCCUGUACCAGGUGAUGAGCGGCUGUGAGGUUUUCAACAAAGUGCUCUUGACGGACUUCCUGGAGGUCAACCGGCAGGAGCUGAAAGGCUGGCUUCAGGAUGAGAAAAGCAGUUUAGACUGGACACCAUAUUUCCAGCACGUUUGCAAGCUGGAAGGACGCGGUCCCUCUGCAGUGAGAGAGAAAAUCGCAAGGCUCCGUGAGGUCGUCAAAGACGUAGUUCCAGUAAAUAUCCAUCUUCCUCAGCCCGUGUCCCCUGAUGUUCUUCCUCAAGGAAAGGCCGACUGUCUCGUGUCCUGCUUCUGUCUAGAGAGUUCCAGUCCUGACCUGGCUACUUUCACCAAGGCUAUGGGUCAUAUUAGCAGCCUUUUGCGCCAAAAUGGUCACCUCCUGCUUAUAGGAGCCCUAGAAGAGAGUUACUAUUUGGGGGGCCCAGGAGUAAAGAUUCCUGUGGUUCCACUGAAUGAGGCCCAGGUCUGUGCCAGUCUACAGGAGACUGGCUUCACCUUAAUCCGACUAGAGGUUUAUACUCUGCCUCGGGACAUGAGUGUUGGUGUGGACGAUGUGACUGGGGUAUUUUUUGUAAAAGCUAGGAAGAAUUGAACGGUCUAGUGAAUUCUAGCAUUUCAAUUGUUAAAAGAUACAUUUGAGGUGCUAAUUAUAACUAUACUCAGAAUGCAGUUUCAUUCAUUUCGUGACUGUAUUGAUUGAAUCAACUCCAAAUAAAUUGAAUUGAGUUUGAAGUCAUUCAGCUCUGAUUGAUUGAUUGAUUGACUGCCUGAUUGUCAGUCUUUUUUG